UUUAAUUUUGCUUACUGAUUAGUGUUUACUUUUAGUACUGAUUACUGUCAGGAAAAAUGCACAGACUGUGCAGCAUCACUACUGAUUACUAUGCUUCUGUCUUCUGUGAUCGAUAAACUUCUAUUCUCGUCGCGCUGUCGCAUGCCUAACGGAGGUAGACUGGAGAACACUUCAAGUACCCACUACACAUGGUCAUAGUGUUGAGUCUGUUGACAGCUUGGCACUCUGUUCAGUCUGCACAUUCAUACUGGCUACUGCAUCGUGGAUAUUCGCCUGCAAUUUGCAGUUUUUAUUGACAAUCAUAUCAGCAGAAUUGCAGAUGAUGAUUGAGGGAUUGUUGGUGUUUGGGUAGCUUAAUCGCAUCGGACACGUGUUACUGGCUUCGGCGAGCACGAAGAUCUGGAGCGGGCGUGCAGUCUGCGCAGCUGCCAUGCAGAUGUUUUGCAGCAGUGUGGCGACGUGGAACGCCGUGGAUGUGCUCAUGGACGGUCUGCUGCAGCACGGCCACGUGGUCAGCGUCGUGGACGGCGGUCUGCUGAUUGACUGGCAGUGUGGCCUGGGCCCACAGCGUGAAUCCGCACAUGUACAGCUGGUCGAAUAUGGACGCAUCUUCCAGUGCCGCCAGCCAGUCCUGGCACGCCCCCGAAUCCCAGUCCCCCACGACGACGAGUGCAGCGAGGAGGACGUCGAUCACGAGGGGCUGUCGGUGCAGGUGCUGCUGCGCCGCCAUCCCAAUCCCGGUGCCGCCUGGAUCUGGUACCCGGGAACGGCGGUCCCCGUUGCAUCCUACCACUAUGAGCAUUUUGUGUGGGUGCAGGUGCAACUGUCGGACGGGCAGGGCAUCGUGGAAGAACUGCUGCCCUGGAUGCAGGUGCGCGCCGUCACACCGCCCGCGGGUGCGGGCCCCGACAGCGGUCUGGCCCGCGUCGUGCAGGGCGCCUUCGUCAUCCGCUCGUGUCAUCUGCCGGCAUCAGCCUCCAGCCGUAUCGCCCCGGCCCUGCUGCUCAAGCAGGUUCUUGGUGGUCGACGGGGCAGAGUCUUGUUCGUUUCGCUCUUCAACCAGACACUCCUCUACCUGCAACGGGAGACGGACACGCCGCUGACAGCUGAGCAAGUGGAAGGGUUCUGUGCUGAGGAGGAUGAAAGAAGAAGAUACUCUGCUUGUGAAGCUAACUCGCACUGGCUUUGGCAGCAGUUGCAGCUGCUGGGGGUGUCGGUCAUUCGGCCACACAGUCGCAAGGUCAGCAUACCGGUGGCCAGUGGCAGUGGUACAGGGGCUUGCUUGCGCCUGCCGUUGCCGACGGAACUGCUGCUGGAGGUCUUCCGCUGUCUGGACUCCGUUGGGCGCGUGCGCUGCUGGCGGGUGUGUGCCGCGUGGCACCGCAUCCUCCGCACGACCGGGAACUUCCCCGAUGUGUGCGUCUCCGCCACGGAAGGCGAGUACGGCCCGACGCCGUGGUUCUUUGAGAGUGUGCCCCAGGCCGGCGUGGGCGGCCAGUACUGGGUGGUGGCCUGCCUGCUCAAGUGCCUCACCGCCCGCACCCAGCUGGCGGUCUUCAUUCAUUUGCAGGUGCACCACGCCCGCCAACUGGCCGCACCCCUCCAGCACGUUCUCCGGCCCAGUCGACGCCGACUGCCGACGCUGGUGUUCUACGACUGCGAUUUCGGUGGCAGGACGUGUGUCGACGGGCUCAUUGGCCGGACGGUUGAUCUGGCCGUGCGGUGUAACUGCGAGCGGAUGGUAUGGAAGCAGUGCUGCAUGGUGACGCAGACGGCGGGUAAGAGGCAGCUGGCCCUUGUCCCGCUGCAGGCCUUCAGCACGCAGUCACAGCCGGAGAUGGAGCGGCAGUUGCGGGCGGUCUGGGAGGAGAAUCGCGGCCUGCAGCCGCCGCCAGUCGCCCCGCGCCAGCUGUUGCCCGCCGCCGCCGCUAUUGCUGACUCCACAUGUAUCGGCCAGCCGCGGGACAGAGAGACGGACGUUGUGCGUUAGGCACCGCCAUGAAUAGCCGGUGCUUACUGGGGGACUGGAUUCACGUUGCAGGCUCUCGACUUCCAGCAACCACAGUGGGAUCCACAUCCGUCUACGCAGCACCGCAAUGUGCAGUGGACGGCGUCGGCUCGCGGCGAUUUCCACGUGGACGUCAGUCCGCUGACGACAGUGACGGCGAUGCACGAUGCCGUGAUUAGACUGGCUGCUGGCCCGUGGCCGGCAGCCGUCUUCCUUGUCGACGGGUUACCCUGUCCGGACGGCAUUCGGCCGCCCCAACGCGUCUGGCUUGGCAACAACCUUCGCUCAUAAAUAGAUUAUGCAAAAUAAUACUUACUAACAGUUGAUUUUCCUGUUAGUCUUCACUUUUUAUACAGUGUCGUUAGCAACGAAAAGCUUCACAACGUCCUCAUAGGCUAAAAUGG